UCGCCGAGCCGGGACGCCGCCAUCGGUCGGUGGGCUGCACCUUCAUAGGCUGCUGCUCCCCGGGGAUCGGUGUACCGGCGCCUGCCAGGGAUUUGUCAUUCGCCGCCGCGGGCGGAGCCUACGGACCUGCCCUCGCACCCCGCUCGCCCAGCUCGGCUCAGCCUGGCCGCCGGAGCCCUAGCGCAGCAUCCUCGGACUGCUCAUGCUGCAGCUGGUGGCGAGAGGCUACCCUGCCGUUCAGUGACCUCAGCCUGGUCCCCGCGCGUCGCCCGAACCGCUCCCCACGAUGGCUGAGCCUGGGGCCCCGCGUCCCGCUUUGGCUCGGCUGGGACCGCGCCGCGCCAGGUGCCCCCGGUACCCUCGCUGAUCCGCUCCAGGCCGGGGAUCGCAGGGCCCGGGAGCCCCGAGCGGUCGCCUCUCGGCCGCGCCCUUCCCCUCCGCCCUCUCCGUGCUGUGUUCCCCGGGCUAGGGGCUAGGGGACCUAGACAAAGCCCCACUUUGUGCGGGAGGCUGGCGUGGAAUGUGCGCGGCGGCGCGCGCCCCCUCCCCGCCCCGCCAGCUGCCAGUCUUGGCUCCCGGAAGGGUCGCGACGGAGAAGUCACCCCCCCACCCCUGGCGCUACGCUCGCCCCUUACAUCCCCUAUCCCCUGGGUCCAGACUGUGAGCUCAUGCGGGCCCCCUCACGCGCGCCAGUGUGAGUGUGCAAGUGUUUCGUAGAGGAAUUUCUCUCCAAAACUGGGAGUGGGCACUGGUGCCUUGGGCCUCCUUUUCAGCGUUGCCGCGGAAGCUGUUUGGCCUCAGUCUCCCCACCCCCCGGGGCCCUCACUCUUCUCCUCUCAGCCAUCCUAGAUCGCUGCGAGUCAUUGUUCUCUCUGCCAAAUGGGGGUGCUUUAUACAAGCUGCCAAGUUGGGGUGCGUUCUCUUCAUCCCGUUUUCCAAACAAAACAGGGCUUCUAAGGCGGACCCUGGGCAACCCACCUGGCCAUCCCUCCAGGUUGAAGCGCUGAUUCUUUCUUACCGAAUAGUAUUUUAUUGUACAGGAGCCACGCCCUGGUUUCUUAAAGGCGCCCGUCACUGUUUGGCCAUGUGUUAUCUCUUCAGCGGGAGUGUGGGAAACCUGUGAGGCACUUCAUUUUCCCGCCUCCUGAUAUAUCCUCCCACCCUCGUCGAGGAUUUAGGGAUGCCAGGCGGGAAGAAGGUGGUCCCGAGUGGCAGCAGCGGUGCCUCCCCGAACACAGCCACCGCUGCUGCAGCUGCUGCUGUCGCCCACUCUGGCAUUAAACGUUUGGAGACCAGCGAAGGGGCCUCAGCACAGAGAGACGAGGAACCGGAGGAGGAAGGAGAAGAGGACCUACGAGAUGGAGGUGUCCCUUUCUUCAUCAACCGAGGUGGACUGCCGGUGGACGAGGCCACCUGGGAAAGAAUGUGGAAGCAUGUGGCCAAGAUUCACCCGGACGGAGAGAAGCUGGCCCUGCGCAUCCGUGGGGCCACGGACCUGCCCAAGAUUCCCAUACCAAGUGUGCCUACUUUCCAGCCAACGACGCCCAUCCCCGAGCGCCUGGAAGCUGUGCAGCGCUACAUCAGGGAGCUGCAGUACAAUCACACAGGGACGCAGUUCUUUGAAAUUAAGAAGAGCAGACCUCUGACAGGGCUGAUGGACCUGGCCAAGGAAAUGACCAAAGAGGCUCUGCCAAUCAAAUGCCUGGAAGCUGUGAUCCUGGGAAUUUACCUCACCAACAGCAUGCCCACCCUGGAACGCUUCCCCAUCAGCUUCAAGACCUAUUUCUCAGGGAACUACUUCCGCCACAUUGUGCUGGGGGUGAACUUUGGGGGCCGCUACGGAGCCCUGGGCAUGAGCCGGAGGGAGGACCUGAUGUAUAAACCCCCAGCCUUCCGCACACUCAGCGAGCUCGUGCUGGACUACGAGGCGGCCUAUGGCCGCUGCUGGCACGUGCUGAAGAAGGUGAAGCUGGGCCAGUGUGUGUCCCACGACCCCCACAGCGUGGAGCAGAUCGAAUGGAAGCACUCCGUGCUGGACGUGGAGAGGCUGGGCCGGGAAGACUUUCGCAAGGAGCUGGAACGUCAUGCCCGAGACAUGCGUCUCAAGAUUGGCAAGGGGACAGGCCCUCCCUCUCCCACCAAGGACCGGAAGAAGGACGUUUCCUCCCCACAGAGGGCCCAGUCUAGCCCCCACCGCAGGAACAGCCGCAGUGAGCGACGGCCUUCAGGGGAGAAGAAGCCGGCAGAGCCCAAAGCCAUGCCAGACCUCAAUGGGUACCAGAUCCGGGUGUGAGGCAGAUGCCAGCACCCCCAGGCCUCCUCUGCUUCUGGAGGCCCUGACCUACCUACUUUGUUCAGGCAGGGGCUGGUGCUGGGCUGGGCUGGGCGGUGAGAGGCAGGAAGGAUGCCUCGCAAGUCAGCCCCAGGUGACUUUUCCUCUCGUGGAGUCAGGCGCCUAACUUUGGGCCAAGAAGCAGUUAGUAUUUUAUUUGGAGUUUUAGCUCCACAGUUGAUGUUUAAGGUGUUUGGCGGAAAAGACAUGGAUAUGCUGGUUGCUGUCAAAGCGUGCUCUCUAAGUACUGUGUGUCUUGGGAAGAAGGACUUGCUGGUUCCAUGGCUCCUCGUUUCAGCAGUGAUCGGGGUUGGUGAGCCUCGCCAGCCUGUGGGAUUAGGGUGGGAUGGGAUAGGGAUGGAGAAUCAUGACCCAGGGAAAGGGAAGCAGGGUAGGGGUGCCCCGAAAAAGCUCCAUUUAUUCCUCAAAUCAGGAACUUGGCAGAGAACACAUCUACCUACGGUGGAAGCCUAUGGCCCAGGAGAGCCCUGGGGUCAGUGUGACUCUUUAGAAAACACUGUGCCGCCCCCAACACACACACACACACACACACACACACACACACACACACACACACACACACACGCACGCACACGUCACCAUGGCCAGCACCACAGGAUUAGGCUCUGGGUGAACCAGGAGAGACCAUGCAGGGAAGAGUUCCUGGCCCCCAGCACAUCUGCUGGUUUAGUCUAAUCUUGGACUAUUGCUGAAGAGCUGGACUUUGUCGAGCCCAGAACUGCACAGGGGACACCAUUGACCUUGAGAAACUGACUGUGCAUGGGGUAGUUGAGUGGGGCUCUCUAGAUGUCUGAGUGGGCUCUUCUCUCCCGUUCUAGUAAUCUCAGCCCUUGCUGGGGAAACAACACCAGACCAGGAUGCUUAUACCCCAGGCCUUAGCUACCCAUUUAGGCUUGGGGUAGCAGCCAACUUGAGCAGUUCCAUGGGGCACCGGCAGGGAGGAGGUCAGGAAGCAGGAGUUGUCUGUCUCCUGGCCCUCAGGCAAGAGAUCCCUGAUGGGAGAGUGAGGUGUGGAGAGGGGCUGUCAGGACUGGGACAGGAGAGACAGCCCAGGAGUUGGGCGUGUAAGUGAGAAGUGUGUGAGGCAGUUCAAGAGAGGGCUGUGUGGGGACCAAGUUCCCUGCAGCACAGACAGUGCUCGGCAGGUUGCUGGAGGCUCUAAGUGACGAGGAUCGCAGGGUGAGGAGACCUUGAGGGGGCUUUCCUGAGAGGCAGAGUCAGCCGGAGCAGCUGCAGUGUGGCUGCAGAGGGUUGAGGGCGUGGAUAAGGGUACCAGAACUAGGAACUCAAAUGCAGAAAGUGAGGAAGGGUUCUGGGAGGGGACUGUGCCCAGGAAAGAGCUUAUCCCAUUAAAGUGGGCUGCUGUGUCCUGCUGUUCCCACAGUGCAGACCCUAAGAGGUGGUUGGGGGGAGGGGAUGUUUUGCUCUGUUCUUUUUGUUAAGGCCAGGACUCUGAACUGGAACGUGAAUUGUAAUUUUUUUAAGUUAACCAUCAGUGCAAGGUGAGAGAGUACCAGCCUGCAACCUCCGGGGUAGGAAGCUUGGGCUGGUUGGGCGGCGACUCCUGCUGCACUGUGGAUGGAAAUGUGACAGUUUUAAGUUUCCCGGAGGCAGAAAGGGCCCACUCCCUGUGUCGUCCCCCUUAUCCCACCCUGCAGAGAUCAUGUGUGGGGUUGCUGUUUCACCAGAGGGAAUGCAGUAGGAUGGAAUGGUGACGCUCUUGCCUGCCUGAAAAUGGAUGGUGGCUGGAAUCAGAGGAGGGGGCGGGGAUGCCUUUGCUGGUGACAAAUCACAUAGAGGCUGGCUGCCCAUCACACCAGCAGCUCCUAGGCCCAGAGCUAGGCCCACGAACCCAGCACAGGCACCACGGAAGGCCAACUGCUUAGUCCCUUGUCUCACCCGGCCAGUUCCAUGGCUGGAGCUCCAAAGGGUCGGGACACUAUUUGAUCCACCUCAGAGUUCAGGGAGUAGAGACAGUGGUCCCCAUGCUCCCAUGCCCAUUUGAGAGGUACGAGGCUGGACAAGAUCUUUUCUGACUGUGAAUGUGGCUGCUUAUCCAUAGCCCUGUAUGUCUCUGGGAACCCCAAGAUGUGACAGAGUAUGGGAGGCAGAGGUGUGAGGGAAGCUUAGAGGUGUCAGGUAAACUUAGAGAAGAGCUCCAGGUCCCAGAGCCUUAGGACAGUGGCUCUGAGCUGUUCCUUCUCUGAGGCCCAGGGGAGAAGGAAGCAGAUGGAGGUUGGGCUUGUUCAGGCUGUGGGGGAGCAGCUGAUGGCCGGCUGUAACCCUGCUGUUCACCCCUCCUGAGCUAAGGGCCUCCGGCCUGUGGAGACUGUCAUAGGCCACAGUGGUGCUUUUUAUUUUUUACUCUUUCUCAUAUGUAGCAAGCCACCCUCCCCUCCAGGACCGUCUGCACGGGCUGCGCUUUCUGGGGCUGGCCUUGCAGUGUGGUUUCUGGGGAGGCAAAGGAGGGGACGUUGGGGCCUUAGUCACCAUCCAUGGCGUCACUUCAUCUCACUUCCUAUGGGGACGGGGACCUGGCAGGUGUGACCCAGACUUCCUGACUCAGGCCUGCCUUUCAGCUUCUCUGCCCCACCCUUGGGGGCUGCUGGCUGAGGAGGGUCAAGGUGAGGUCAGAGUAAGUUCCUUGGAGGAGGUGGCUGGGGCCAGACGUUCCCUGUGUUUGGUGUUGGCUCAGAACACUGGAAAGUUGGCUUCAGAGAACCUUCCUCUCCACCCAGCUCCCUGCCAGUCCUUUCCCUCCAUAGCCUCACAUUCCCAUGCUCCUCUCAUCCCUCACGCCAGCCGCUCAUCCACGGUGGGCACGGCCAAGUGAGCAGAGCAGCAGCCCCCUGGAGCCAGACACGAUGAUGAAGCCUAGGGACCGGGUACUGAGGAGCAGACUCAGAAAAUUGACCAUGGCUGAUGUCUAGUCCUUCCUGUCAUUUCAUGCCCCAGCCCCUUCCAGCUGGGAUGACUUCCUGGCUCAGGGAAAUAGGUCUAAUGGUAACUGUAGUGCCCCGAGGUCUGUGUCCAUGAACACCUGGCUUUCCUGCCUGGAAUGGGUUCUGGCUUAACACAUCACUGCCCCACCCUGACGUGCUGUCAGUGGUGUUAAGAGUGCAAGGAUAUGCAGGUGGGGACCCAUAAGAGAGGGAUAAAAGGCAAGCAGAUUCUAGAGGGAGUAGAUGGGAGCUAAGGAUUAACCCUGCCAGGUAUCUCAGCCUCCGGCCAGCAUCUCCAGGCAGGUGGGGCUGCCACAGUGCUAGCUAGCUGCUUGGUGCUUUGGGGCCCCAAGCCUCCUUGUUAAGUCUAAAAAGAAGUCUGGAUACAGUCGACCCCUGGGCCACUGAUGAUGGACCAUCCACCCCGUGUUUUGUUCAGUUGAUGUGUUGUCCUAGAUGUCAUUAUCCCUGUCUUUGUAUCAGUAUUACCCCCGCCUUUCAGCACAGUUUGUCUCAUUCCUUUCUCACUUUCCCCACAAAAUGAAUAAAGUCUCCCAGCUCCUGUUGUAUGGGCUGGCAGAAACCACGCGAA